AUGUCUGAGCGAUCAGGGCAACAAGUUGCAGACCCGUCCACAGCCAAGUCUCCUCAGGAUGGAGUGUCAGUGCCAAAAGACAUAACAACGCAUACGCCUCCGAUAGAUGCUAACAUGAAGAAACAGGCCAAAGUUGACAGCAAGAAGAAGCGGUAUCCGCGUCCUCCACCCCAGAAUCCCACUGCCAAAUGGUUGGCCCUCAUGGAGAAGGUUAGUAGAGAGUCCAGGGACAGGGGGGAUGAGUCAGGCCGAGGUGUUGAAGAAAAACACUGA